AUGAACGACCCGGAGCUCAAUGGCCCUAUCUCGCAGGUUGCUCCAGUUUUCAAUCGACUGCUUCGAGGGAAUCAAUCAGGAAGAAAGUGGGCAAGCCAAGCAGCCAGUCCUUCAAGUCAACAUGCCAAAUGGUGGUUCUUGAGCACGGCGUUCCCCUUGAUUGCAGCAACUCUGGGGCCACUGGCGAGUUCUUUCAGUAUUUGCUCGCUGACUGAACAAUGGAGGUCAUACACUGCCGAUGGGUCAUUGCGUCAGAUCAGUGUCGAGGAUCCUACAUGGUACGGCAUCUCUGGCUUCGUCGAGCGACAGAUACUGACACCGCCUAGGGAAGUAGCAGUCAAUGCGAUAUCGCUAUUCCUCGCCCUGGUGGCUAACUUCCUCCUGCUGAUGAACAUGGGUCGGCGCAUCCGCUUUUCUGUGGCCCAGCCGGUAGUCAUCGUGGCGUGGUACACGUUCGCCAUCAUGAUGAUUGCGCUCCUGAUCGUUUUCCGCUGUACGCAGGCGGGCCCGGGCAGACCCGGCUUCCAUCUGUCGCAGGCAUACUACUAUGGUGCCUUCGCAGCAGGACUGUAUUUCGUGAUUCCGACCCUGCUUGGGAUCACCUACUACGGUGCCUCCCGUGGAUACUACGCCAAGGAAUUCAAGCUCUCGCCGAGUCAGCGGACCCUCAUGCUACAGACAAUCAUCUUCUUCAUCUACCUCCUGGGAGGAGCGGCAGUCUACUCGAGGAUCGAGGGCUGGCGCUUCCUCGAUGCCCUCUACUGGGCCGACUUCACCCUUCUGACGAUCGGCAUCGGGAAUCUGGCGCCUUCCUCCCAUCUGGGCCGAAGCCUGCUUUUCCCUUUCGCCAUAGGGGGGAUCCUGAUCCUGGGAAUGAUGAUCGGAUUGAUACGCGCCCUGAUGCUGGAAAAGGGAAAGCAAACAAUGGGCCACGGGAUAAUGACCGUCACUUUCCACACCAUGGCCCGACACGCCUCGGACUCGCAAAGCCGCCUGUACAGGUACAUCCCGCACCUAGACCAAGCGGACAAAGAAUCCGAGCGGGACAGGGUGAGAAAGGAGAUGAUGUUCCUGCGCACCGUCAAACGCAUCGCCACCCUUCAGCGUCGCUGGAUGUCUUUCCUCAUCUCCUUCACCGUCUGGAUGGUAAUGUGGCUGGUUGGAGCAGCCGCCUUCUGGAAAUCGGAGUCCAGCCAGAACUGGACCUACUUCGAGGCCCUGUAUUUCAGCUUCACGAGCCUGUCGACCAUCGGGUACGGGGAUAUCUAUCCAGUCAGCGCCUGGGGCGUCCCAUUCUUUGUCUUCUGGUCUCUGCUCGCGGUUCCCACGCUCACGAUCCUCAUCUCGACCCUGGGAGACACGGUUGUCCAUGGUGUGCGGGAAUGUAUCAUCUUCCUCGGUAAAGCGACCGUGUUUCCGGAGGAGAAAUCGACCCGUGGCCGUCUCAAUGCUUUCAUCAAGUGUCUGAUACGGGGGGCACCGUUGGCAGAUGGUCAUGGCGGACAGUCCGAGGUGGUAUCAUCUCCUGGCCAGCAUUCCGGCUCUGCGCAUGCAGAUGAUGCCUCCUGGGGAGACUUACGUAGCUACCACUGCGCUCUGUUCAGCAAUCUCCAUCGAUUGAUCGAACUGGCUGUGUCUGGCGAAGAAAAGGAAUUCAGCCAGGACGAGUGGGACCAUUACCUGAGACUGAUCAACCGGAGCGGUCCGCUCGGGGCCAUUCUUGAUGGAUCUUUGUCGAGCGACUGGGGAGACAGUGAUGGGGAGAAGGGCCAUGGGCCAGCCCGCGAGGAAAGCGGUACUUCUUCCGCGGCGUCUGGUCAGAAACACAAUCGAGGAUUGCAGAGUUUGGUACAGCCAAGUAGUCCACUGCUCAGCGGCCAGACCGAGGCGCAGUGGCUGCUGGAAGCGGUGGCAAAGACGAUCAAGCAUGAAUUGCACAAAGCAGAUAUGGAAUUAUGCCCACAAAACCCCGUAUGA